CCAAAUCGAGGAAAAAACCACGGCCGCUCAACAACGGCACCCAAACUUCCACUAAUCACCAAGAACCAAGUGGGUACAACAAGUUCUCCUCUCUAGUAAACACUAGAGGCAUACACAAUCAUCAAGGAGCAACCUUGGAACAACAACAAUCAACAAUUCAACAUAAAAUGGAGUAAAAACUCCCAAAAAUGCAGGUCUGAAAAUGCAGCUAGAGAACAGCCUUCCGGGCAUCAAAAUGAGAAUCUGACCGUUGGAUUUGAAGAGGAGUAUGUGAGGAACAACAUUCUAAAAUUUGAGCACGAUCGGACUUCGUUUGGCCCUCGAUCCGGACUGAAAACGGGGCUGCUGCACAGUGUGGCGGAAAUCCUGUUUUUUUUUUUCUUUUCUCCUGCGUAUUGGCUACUGCCACUGCCCUCUCACCUCUUCUUUUUGCUUUUUACUCCCCUUAUCCCUUUUUCUCUUUUUUUUAUUUAUUUAUAUAUGGGCCACCAUAAAAUAUUUGGGCUAAAGCUUUACACACAAAAAUAAGCCCAAAUAUAAAAGAGAGAUAUAAAGUGUUGUCCAAUUAAAAUUGAACACUUCCUCCAUGUAGGAGGGAAAUUUCCCAACAAAUCUCCCCCUCACUUCUACAUGGACCUCAUCAUAUGUCUCUGUCUCUCCUCCAUCUGUGACUAACACAAAAUCAUCCUCCGAAAGUCUCGUGGAAGGUUUUCUGACUCUGGUGGAUCUUCUCAACUGAGGUGCUGGAGGCGGCUCUGAGUGUGGUUGUGACUCUGGAACACCAUCACCACCAUCAUACCACUUUGUUGGGGAAGCACGGAACAAAACACAACGGAAGCGUAUAAAAUCUUUUCCCCAAAUUAAUGAGAUGAACAACAAAGCACAAUAUACUCCAAAAAUGAGCACCACCACCACAAAUAGAUAGCAACGGAAAUAAAAUAAAGAACACACGAUUUACGUGGAAACCCCAAAUCGGGGAGAAAACCACGGCCGCUCAACAACGGCACCCAAACUUCCACUAAUCACCAAGAACCAAGUGGGUACAACAAGUUCUCCUCUCUAGUAAACACUAGAGGCAUACACAAUCAUCAAGGAGCAACCUUGGAACAACAACAAUCAACAAUUCAACAUAAAAUGGAGUAAAAACUCCCAAAAACGCAGGUCUGAAAAUGCAGCUAGAAAACAGCCUUCCGGGCAUCAAAAUGAGAAUCUGACCGUUGGAUUUGAAGAGGAGUAUGUGAGGAACAACNAGCACCACCACCACAAAUAGAUAGCAACGGAAAUAAAAUAAAGAACACACGAUUUACGUGGAAACCCCAAAUCGGGGAGAAAACCACGGCCGCUCAACAACGGCACCCAAACUUCCACUAAUCACCAAGAACCAAGUGGGUACAACAAGUUCUCCUCUCUAGUAAACACUAGAGGCAUACACAAUCAUCAAGGAGCAACCUUGGAACAACAACAAUCAACAAUUCAACAUAAAAUGGAGUAAAAACUCCCAAAAACGCAGGUCUGAAAAUGCAGCUAGAAAACAGCCUUCCGGGCAUCAAAAUGAGAAUCUGACCGUUGGAUUUGAAGAGGAGUAUGUGAGGAACAACCUACUAAAAUUUGAGCACGGACUUCGUUUGGCCUUCGAUCCAGACUGAAAACGGGGCUGCUGCACAGUGUGGCGGAAAUCCUGUUUUUUUCUUCUUUUCUCCUGCAUCCCUCCGCAGAGUUUCUCCCGAUCCGAUUCCCAAACAGAAACCCUAGGGUUCCAUGGAAGACCACACCAUCACAGGAGGAGGAGAGAUGCCUAUCAAAGAAAGGGAAGAAUCCAAUCAGAAGGAUGAAUUUCUUGAAAAAUUAGAUGAUUUGAGAUCUAUCAGUCUCCUCUUCUACCGCGAGAACUAUCCGCUGGCCCUCGCGCUUGGCCCACACGGCAUAGAUAAAGAGAUGGAAUGGUUGUUUUCCUGGACUGCCGAGCUUCCUCUGGAAGGAAUUGAUCUGAGUCCGGGCGUGAAACACUUCAACUUUACCGAGUUGGCACCACUUACUCAUCACAUUGGUGAUGAUUACGUUCUUGGGAAGACUGCGUUUGGCAGAUUUAUUCAUGCCGAAGGCUUCUUCAUCAAAACCUGGGACCUAUUGUAUCCUAUCCGUCACAUAAUUGAUUUGCAUCCCCAAAGACUGAGAAAUGAGAUUAUGAUUUUAACUGGCAUGAAACAUGAAUGCCUCCCAAAACUACGGGGAUACUCCAUUGACAAACAGUUUGCUCUUGUCUAUCAACAAGAACCCAGUUGGACUCUGCAAGAUAUUCUUUCUCGCCCUGACUUAACACUUACUUGGGAUGCGAGAAUGGAGGUGGCUGCCCAGAUUGCUUCUUUGAUGGAGUAUUUUCACAGCAUGGGCAAGACUCUUGGAAGUAUUGAUCCGCAGAACAUACUAGUUGACAAGGACAUUAAUAUCAAACUGUGUGAGUUUGGUCUGUGUGGCACCAUAGAUGCGGUAAGAACUCGGUAUGAAAAUUAUCCGGUAUCUCCUCAUGAUGCCUUGUGGCUUACCGGCGGGAUGUAUAGUUUCCAAGUUCCCGAGCUUAUGCUUUACCAAGCUCGAAAUCCUAAGGAAGCAGUGGAAUGGACAUCCAAGUGUGAUAUAUAUUGCUUUGGUUGCCUGCUUCUAGAGUUGAUAAGUAAAGAGCAUGAGCACAGUGUAGAAAGCAGAUAUGAUGAUUUGAAGGAUUGGGCUACACAGCAACUUGCUAAUAAAUGCGAGAAGAAUCUCGUGGACAAAUGCCUCGCCGAAGACAGCAAUGUUGGCGUUAAAGCUACGAGAAUGUGAUGGCCUGUUUGAAUAAAUGUCCAGCCGAACGCCCGGAGGCAAAACGUCUUUUCAGGGCACUUGAGGAUUUGAAGGGAGAAAAGAAUGGAGCUGCCCAGAAACGGAGUACUGGUUUGGAGCAUGAGGACAGCCUCUGCCUAGGGAAGAGGCAGAGGACUGGAGAAUAGUGUGUUCAUCGGUGCGCAUCACGCCUUAAAUAACUAUGAUUCAUUGCAAUAAGGAGUGGCAUACAAA